AUGAAUGUUAUGGAGCGUAGAAGAAUUGCCUGCGACGAGUGCAGAACUCGUAAGCUCAAGUGCUCCGGCGAACAACCCGAAUGCUCGCGAUGCAUAAACGAUAACAUCGCCUGUGUAUACUCUACUCAGAAAGCCAUGGGAAGGCCGAGAAAACGCAAGAUAGGUGAGACCGAUCAGUCGACCAACGAACAAUCCCAAGAAAUAUCAGGACGGACAUCCUCCGCCGGGUCAAAUUUCUUUGACAGUGCAAUUGAAUUCGAUUCGCUCGUCGACCAGAUCAACUUUCCUAAUAUGGACUUGCCUGACCUAAAUACCAUCACUGAUGUCAGUCUCCUUACUGCAUCUGCUUUUAAGCCUCUGCCAACCCAGUCAUGUGCUUGCCUGUCGAGCAUAUACUUGACACUGGAGAACUUGCGUUCCAUGGUUACUAUCGAGUUUCCUUCCAGCCUACAAUGUCUCCGCGAUGCGCUGCAUACAAGCAAAUCGUGUAUUGAUUGUCAGGUCUGUCCAGUUCAAUACCUUACAGCCACACAAAACGCACAGCUCAUUGGGACUUUGUUAAUCUCCAUCGCCGAACGAUACGAUAGGAUUCUCAAGGACAUCGCCUCGGACGCGACCAAAGCCGAAGAAGCGGCCCAGAUGAAGACUCUGCAUAUUGGUGGUCUCGAAACACCCAGGCCAAGGCACGAACAUAUUGGAGGCAUCGAUUCCAACGAGCCAUUGGUGCUUGAACUGCCGCCUCUAGAAUGGAGAAAGCUAGCAAACAGAGUGGUAAAAGCCGAAGUCUACGGCACUUCUGUUGCCAGCCGUAUUAACUUUGUGUCAGUCUUGACGAGUUUGGAGGAGAGACAAGCUCGUUGGCACAUCAUGGAGCCAACCGAGGAUUGCCCAAACCCGGCUCGAAGAAGACACGAUAUGCACGACCAUAACAAUAACCCAAUGUGCUUGAUGCUGGCACGUGAAGCGAAGAAGCUUGUAGACCUCUUCGACUUCAGCUAA